UUCUGGAUCCCAAUUUGCAACGAUCUUCCCUGGGGAGAAAAAUGCGUGUGCCCGGGGACCGGGGGCGAGGGGGAUUCCGGCUCCUGUCCCUUUUGCUGAUCGUCGCCCGCCCCAGAAAGACUUGAACUUUUCGCCAUUGCAUUCAUGCAUUACCGAGGGCGGGACACACCCAGGGCGGCGACUGACCGGCCAGGCGGGGAGAAACGGCCGUCCCCGACCAGCGGAGGCCUACCCGGGCCCAGCGGCGGCAGCUCCGGGUUUGUCGCUGCCGGGCCCGGGCCAAUCCAUGGGGAGGCCAGGCAGCCCCCCGCAGGCCGAGACCCGCUGUCCACUGUGGGGGCUGCCGGAGGAGCUGCUGCUGCUCAUCUGCUCGUACCUGGACGCACGGGCCUUGGGCCGCCUGGGCCAGACCUGCCGCCGCCUUUGCCGCUUCACUUCGCGGGAUGUGCUCUGGAGGCGCCUUGCGCGAUCCUGCCUCAACGCCGGCUUCAGUGCGCUCGGCACCGACCUAGUUCAAGGUGUCCCGGUGAAGGAGAGGGUAAAAGUUUCUGAGAACUGGAGACAUGGGCGUUGCCAGAGGAAACUGCUCCUCAAAUGGAAACGAAAUUUAAUGCCCUGGAUGCAGCUAGAUAGCGAUUAUCUGUAUGUGUCCCAAGCAGAAGAUAUUCAGGCUUACUGGCUUCGUCCCAAUCGCACUGGCUUCCAGCGCUGUCCUCAUGCAGUCUUCUCUGGGCAUCAGGAGGACGUGUGCCGCUUUGUGCUCGCUAAUGGUCACAUUGUCAGCGGAGGAGGAGAUGGCAAUAUUGCUCUUCAUAAGCUGAAUAGCUCCUUUAGCUUCAAGUUCUUGGCACAUGAUCAGGAAGUGAACUGUGUGGACUGUCAAGAGGGCAUCAUUGUCAGUGGCUCCCGGGAUAGAACAGCAAAGGUUUGGUCUCUGUCACCAGGCAGAGCAGGACAAUGUUUGCACACCAUACAGACUGACGAUCGGGUCUGGUCUAUUGCUCUUAGUCCAUUGUCAAGUUCGUUUGUGACGGGAACAGCAUGCUGUGGACAUACUUCACCUUUGAGAAUCUGGGACUUGGGAAGCCGAAGGAGACCUCCAAAGUGCUGCCUGUUCAAAAAGAAGCUAUACAGUGGCUUAUUCCCACACAACUCCCCGUGGUUCUUCAUGCUGCCCCCUCCCAAUCUGAGAGAAUUUCCCCCACCUUCGAGACAUUCUUCACAUUCUUUGCAGAGAAAAGGGGUUAAACGUCUGAAUUUGGGGGUCACCAUGUUAUACAAAUUGCAAUCUAAUCGUUUUUACAAGAACACACGUGUGCUCAGAAAAAGAACUCUGGACAAGAAAGACAAGGAGACAGACAGCUUGCUUUGUCUGUUUCUCCCCUGAAUGUUUCUUACUAUUGUCAUAUUGCUGUGUCUCUCUCCCCUCUUUGCCUCUGGAAGGGAGAGAGUUAGUUUGAUAGUUAAAUUGGCCCGUAAAGCAGAAGGGCUUGGUGCCAUUUCUGUUUGUUUUCCCAAAUAAAAGCCCCAGAGGGGUCUCUUUUGCACCGUUGUGGCUUUAUUUGAGGAAACUGGCUUUUUCCCAUAGCUAGCAUGUCAGUUUAUCCUCUGAACUUAACCUUAUGACAACCCGGACAACAAAAAACGUCCAGGGUCCCAGAGCCAGGAAAGGUAAAAGAAAUUGUAUCUCUUUAUUGGACCCUUUAAAGUGUGUGUGGGCCAAUUCAGAGUCACCAGAAGAAAAGAGGGGAAAGCUUUCUCGGUCCCCGCUGCUGCCACUAUCAUUGCCACCCCUGCUGAAACCGAAGGCACACACAUGCCUCCAGCUGCCGCAGGGAGUGUGAGAGGCAAGGUAGUGUCCAGAGUUAACUUUUCUUUUUAAAAAAGCUGGUCACAGACAGCUAGUUAUUCUUACACCCCAGAGUGCUUUUCACACUGGUUCAUUUGUAAAUGGCCGAGAAAUACUUGCUGAUUCACAGGUAAGAGUUUAUUAAUAAAGAGAGUUCAUCAAAGAAAUAGACUGCUUGCUCAUUCUGAAAGCCAGUUUCCUCAAAUAAAAACACAACUUUUUAUCACUGAUUGUGGAGGUUCAUUUGUGCGUAUGAGUUGUGUUCCUCUGGUGCACUCCCCCCACCCCCCCAACGUACUGGAACGUAUCAAGGUGGAGAGAUUUCCCUAGGAGAUCAGAGAAAUAUGGCUGUAGGUGGUUAUGCAUACAGUCUUUUGUUGGAAUCCUGGGAAUCCCAGUUUAACUUUUAUUUAAUAUUUUGGGGCAUCACUGUUUCUAAAUUUGGUGGUUUUCUUUCUUUUUGUUUUAAAAGGCCAUGAAUUAAAUUCUGAUUGUUGGAACAGUUUGCUUAUCAGUUCUCUGUUGACAUCUAAAGUGGUCUUUAAAGCUUUAAGCUAUCUUAAGACCAAAAUAAUUUAUUUUUAAACAGAAUAAUUGGAGUUACAACAUAUCCAAACUCUUCUUCCACUUCUUCUUCCUCUUCCUCCUCCUGCUUGAAAGUUUGAGGAACAAGAAUAUAAAAAAAAUCUUCACCCUUGAGAAAUAUAAAACAAGAAUAUAAAAAAUCUUCUACUUCUGUCAUGAUGACAAAGGAGGUGAAGCACAGUUAGGGGGUGAAGCCAUAAAAAUCCAGACAAUUGAUUGAACUUUAUCAUACAUUUGUUCAUUAUGGGCUAAAGAAUUCUCUUUCAGUGAUAUCCAUUUGAUUAACCAAGAGAACUGAGUUGUAUGGUGAUAAGUUAUGAUAUUAGGAUAAUCUAAACCUCCUGUACGUCAUCAAUACUGAACAGAUCAGCAAAUAUAUACAGUCAAACCAAUACUAGAAAAUCUGAGGCCAGCCAAGCCUAAGAAGCAUG